UAGACAUUUUUUGCGUUGUUUAAAUGCAACACCAUAAAACGAUGUAACUUGAUUCUUUAUUUUGAUAAAACUGGGGUAGUGUAUGGUUCAUUGCUUAUUCCGGAGUGGCUGGGCUGGGCUGGCGUUGUGUUAACUUAUAGUAUAUGUGUGUAUCGAAUAUAAUACUGCAGGAAUUGGACAAAGGUUAGAUUGGAGAAGAAGAAAACGUACGGUCCAUUAUGUUGUCCACAAUGUGUGACAUAGAAAUAACGCUGAAGUUUGUUAUGAUGUUCAAUGUAUUAUUUGUUAUUUCAGGCUCAGAAUCUGGCGAGACAUGUGAUUUGACAAAAGUGCACAACUGCUAUGCCAACUUAAACAUGUCAGUGCUUUCUCAAAAUCAGACAGCUUUCUGCAAUGACGAGCUGGGAAGACUGAGUCAAUGUCUAGAGCCGUAUGAUACAGCAUGUCAGAAUAACAGUUUAUAUCGACUCAAUGUCCAGGCUUUUCAACCAUCAACGUUCCAAUGUCAAGGUAGUGUUGGCUUACAGUGUGACCUUCAAGCUAUAAGAAGUUGUGUCAUACAUUUGGAUACGUCUUCGAUAAUCUCAAAUGUUACAUUAUUCUGCAAUGUUAAAUUAAAGAAUGCCUUGGACUGCAUCACAGUCUAUAGAGAUGUUUGUUCCUCAAGUUCCUACUCAGAAUUGUACAAUUCUUAUGUUUCCUCGCUCCAACCCGAAAAAUUUGGUUGUUCUGGAACAAGUGGCGAGCAGUGUGAAAUGGUAACAGCAACACAGUGUAUUUUAAAAUUCAGUAUUCAACGUAUGGAACAUUUCAAUGAUACCGGUUCUCUGAUGAAUGAGACAGUUCUAUGUCAGCACCUAAAAACAGCAGAAGCGUGCGUUGCUCCAUACGAAAGUGCCUGCGCAGCAAAAACAUCAUUUUCUUCAAUAAAAGAAUUUUUGAAAGAUGAUCGAUGUAAAGAACCGGUCGUUAUCAAUACAAAUUCAUCUCCACGACUGCAUUUUGGAAUCAACAUGAUGAUAUGGCUCUUCAUCAGCCUUUGCUUUAUUAGCCUAUGAAACUGAUGAAAAAUUUAAUCUAUUAUUCUUCAUGUGACGUAGUGAUACUACAGCGUUACGAAAGAAAAAAAACUGUUGCCCGUGGGCGAUGAAAGGUCUAUAACUACAAUCAGGUCAUUAAUGUAAGAAUGUACCAAUGUAACAUUAAAAAACUAUCAUCCCUACAUUUACGUUAUAAUACAGUAACCACCUGACGUGUACCUGUACUGCACGUAGACAAUUAAAAUACAAUCCUUUUUAAUUAUCACUUAUUAUACUUAUUAUCUCGUUUAAAUAUCAUUCCCACGAACCACCUCAUUUCUGCAUUUUUGUAUUCGAGGAUUGAAAAAGUAUGCUAUACUUUGUAUUUCUUGUACACAAUGAUCAAAACAUAUAAGUUACUGGAAUAAGUUACUGGAAUAUACCGAAACCAUGCUGUUCCUUAAAAUUCCACAUAGGUCUAAUUACAGAUUAAUUAGGAAGAGAAUAUAAACAAUCCUUGGAUCGUUCCUGUACUCUUCCUAAAUAUUUCUACACAUAUUCCAUUAGAAUUGUUAGAAAGUGGCCCUUGUUUAUUAUUAACCCACCUUUUUGUCUAUUCUCACGUAAUUUUAUGUUAUAUUUAUUUGGGGUCAGAUUGCAUAAUUCUUAUUGAAGAUACACAUUGUCAUUGAUUUCUAGUCUUUUCUGGACCUCAUUAUUUGUAGAACUUUUAUAUUCGUCAUUUUAUGAUUAAAUGAUAUUUUAUUCAAUCCAUUUCCGUAUUUUUGGUUCUACCUGUCUUGUCAAAAAACAAGCAUCCAUAAAAUAGGAUGCAUGUAUAGAGUUAUAUAUCAGAAUUUUUGUUUAGCAAAUGCUUUUUAAUUUUAUAUUUAAAAAUUUAUCAUUUUGUAAAAGCAUUUAAUAAAAUCAAUUAUAACAAGAGAUAUGUUUUCAUUUUUUUUACACAAACAUUAAAAACUGUGGAGAAUUCAUUCAAACUCUUACAUAAAGGAGAAGAAAACACUUAAUGUGGCUUUAAUUCGACAUCAAGAUAUAUAUGACAAAGUACUGUCAAUUAACAAUUAUAAUUAUUUCUAUUCAUUUGUUAGUUGGAUAUAUCCCAGUGAACUUGAAACAAAAUGCAUCCCAGAGUCUAUCACAUCUUUUUCACACAUGUAUUUGGAUGUUUUACCGACUUUUUUUUAAUGACUGUCUUACUGAUAAUAAAAGAGACUGACUAACUAAUAAAAAAAGUGUAUGACAAAUGACUUAACGAUAUGACUUAAAUUCAGCUUUUCAAUCGUCAAUUUUCCUUCUCUAAGUAGUACUUGUAAGAGCAAACUCCAAAAACUACCUUUUUAAAAACUAAUCCAGGCUACUGCCAGAUAAAUACAUGUUACAGGUAUUUUGGAUGAUUUAUUUCAAACCUAUUGCUUGGUGUCUGUUUUUUUAAUACCCAAUUUGACGACAGAAUGUUCCGUCUACCAGAUCGAAAUAUAGUUCUCACGGUGGGUUCGACCGACCAAUAGGGAACGCUUACUUCUCCUUGGCACCUGAUCCCAUCUCUGGAAUUUGCUGGGGUCAGUGUACUAUGCUUUCUUCUAAGAUUUGUAUUGUUUUUAGAUUUUGUGAGAUCGAUCGCUGUUUCUAAUCUUCUCCUUUUUCAUUGAUAAAAAUUGCAUUUUUUAAGUUUAAAAACAAAAGUGAGACUUAUAAUUAUCUACGUAUGUUCCCAAAUUGAAGGAUUUUCAGAAAAGUGCUGUAUAAGCAGCUAUUAUUUACAAUCAUUGUAAGAGAUAUCAAUAAUAUUGUAUAGAUACGUGCAGUCCAAG